CGCUUUGUCUGUAGAUCAGUUGCAGCUGUUCUAUGGAGUGAGGCUCCUCUCUGACCUCUUCUUUUUCCCAGGUUAUUUGUCCAGCUGCCAUCGUCAUCAUGAAGCUGGAGAUACUUCUUGGUCUUGUUUCUCUGGUUCUGUCUCCUUUAGGAGGUGAAGCCAACAUCCAGGUCCACAAGAACGUUCUACUGCACGGAUCACUCAGGAUGUCUUAUUCUCCUUCCCAGAAGAUCGGAGCAAGUAAAUCAAUUAUCUGGAAGUUCGAUAAGAUCAAUGAACAAGUCACCAUACUGGACACUACUGAGAAACCACAUUAUGUAUAUGCCUCUAAGUUCAGGGAUCGGCUACAACCGUCUGAGAACCUACACACAUUGACCAUCGUGGAUCUGACUAUGGAAGAUGGUGGGAUGUACACCAUUGAUGUUGUAGAUUUAAAUGGAGUACGAGAAUCUUAUUCAUUUAAUGUCACCGUGUACGAGCCCGUUCCCCUUCCAAGUAUAAGGACUGAGGUGAAGGAGAACACCAAAGACACAUGCAAUGUUACUCUUCAUUGCUCUGUCCCAUCAAACACAUCAGAUUUCUCCUAUAGCUGGCAAUGCGGAGAUAGGAAAUCUGAUUGUCAGCAGUAUAAUAAUGGAAGAACAGUCCAGAUAUCCCUGAAGAACGACUCCAAGGACAUGGAGAUCCUGUGCAUAGUCCAGAACCCUGUGGACAAGAAGAAUGUCUCUUUCCACGUACAAAAAAUGUGUACGUUUACAGAUAAAACCUUGGCCCCCAGGAGUCAUUUUACUCUCAUAAUCAUAGUAGUUGUAAUCGUGACGGCAAUGGUGCCGAUUAUUUCAGUGAUGUGUAUAAAGAUGAAGUGUGGAAAUAAGAAAGCAGAACCCACAGAAAGUAGAAAUACAGAAAUGCACUACAUCGAGGUGACAACACGUCAACGGGAAGACAAUCAGAGAGUCCAGAUGGAAAAUGAUCACUACAUUGGAAUGCCUUCCCCAAAAAGGACCAAAGCUGAGACAUUGUACACCACUCUACAACAUCCACCACCAAGCUAUACGUGAUGGUUAAAAUAUGCAGGAGCGCGGAAAGUGACGACGUAGCAUCGUCCACUAUGGAGAAGUUCAGCUAAUGUGAACAAAUUGGUCACCUCUCCAUGCCAAAGCUGCAAUAUCCAGGCUGGAGCUGCCUUGUGUAAGCCCCAGGGGCCGUAUAUUAUUCCCACAUGCUUACUGGAGCACCCCAUGGAUCGUGUAUAACUUUUUUUUCAUUUUAAGGAUAGCAACACCCAUGUGCAACCAUCUUAACUAUCUACCAGAAAGUGGAGAAGAUCAGAAGACUAGGAAGUCAGUAGCGUCGCACAGUAGAAUCGGUCAUGAAACAUGGUGGUGGCAUCUUUUUUAUGGUGCUGUCUGAUCUCUGGAAGUUAAGAUUGGGUGCCCCAUCGAGGGAUCCUCAUGUGUUAUCUACAGUGGACGGUGGCUGGAGGACCCAGCAUGGCUAUGCAUUACAUAUAGAGAUCCUUGAUUUCAGUGGACACUGUGUAAUACCUAAUUUCCCCUGUGGUGGUGCUGUAGGAAAAUUGAACACUUGCUGCCAAGUUCCACCACAGAAUAAGGGGGUGAUCACAGGGGAUUUCAGCAGCAAGACUAAAUGUGAUUAGCUUAUUUUUGAGGGCACUUCUAACAAAGGGAGAAUACCCAAAGUGGACAACUCCUUUUAAGAUCAUGACCUGUAGCUUCAUUUUAUUUAGCUAUAUACCAAAGUGGAUCCUUGAGGAUCGUGUCUUUAUUUCCUUUUUGUCUUAGUUAUACAUCCUUCAUCAUGGAUCCUGCAUUACCUCACAACACUUUGCUCAUCAGUUGGCAAGAAAUGUAUUUUUUGCCAGUCACUUAUCAUGAAUUCUGUCACCCGCUAUUUUUUACAACACUCGGGGUGUUCACGGAAAGAUGGUAUGACUUCACACGCAUUAUAAAGUAUGUGGACUUGGGGCUGGUGAAGAACUUUGGAGUUUAUGGGCAUAGAUAAUGGUCAAUUUAUGUGAGAGGAUAGAUGGCCACAAGACAGACAGCUAGACACUAGAACAGGGGUCAGCAACCUCCGGCACUCCCGGUGUUCAACGACAACUCCCAAAACGCUCCAUUCACUUCUAUGUGAGAACAGUUGAGCAUGAUCGCAUGCUGGGAGUUGUAGUUUUGCAGCAGCUGGAGUCCCAAAGGUUGCUGAUCCCUGUACUAGAAGAUGGAUGCCGGCAUCCAGCUGCAAUGACUGAUCAGAGAAUCCCGGUCAUUUAACUCCCCAGAUGCCGCUAUCAGUAGGGACUGUGGCAUCUAUGGGGUUAGACUGAGGGAAUGGGCUCCCUCUGCACUGAUCAAAGCCCCAGCAGCAAAAUCGUAGAGCUCCAAUCCAUCACUGUGCUGGCCUGGGGGCUUGUGAAGGCUUCCAGAGCUGACAUACUAGGCUAUCUUCCAGAAUUGUGCUGAAGGAAGCCAGCAAAAAUCCCAUAGACUAUAAUAACAUUCUUUCGCAGUCUAUGGUACAAGUGAUCAGAUGAUCGCAAGUUCAAGACCUUUUAGGGGACUAAAAAUUACAGUGAAAGAAAUAGAAUAGCAUCCGAAAAUUUCCUUUAACAUAUAAAAAUUAUGUUUUUUCACAGUCAAAAAAGAAAAUUCAAUACUUUUUUCUUCACCUUUUGUCCCUCAGGAAAAAAUUGUACAAAAGUGAUAAAAAACUCAUACGUACCCCAAAAUGGUACCAUUUAAAAACUAUAGCUCAUGCCACAAAAACAAGCCCUCACACAGUUCUGUAGAUGGAUAUAUAUAAAAAAAGUUAUGGGUGUCAGAAUAUGGCGCUGCAAAUUUUUGUUUUUUCAAAGUGCUAAAAUAAAAACUAUAUAAAUUUUGGUAUGUCUGUAGUUGUACCAACCCCCAGAAUUAGCUUGUGGUACCUUUUUAAAACCUUGUCCUGCAAAAAAUAAGCCCUUGUAAGGCGGUGUGGACAGAAAAGUGAAAAACAAAAUGAUGAGUCUUGUAAGGCAUGGAGGGGGGAAAAAACGCAAAAAAAGGAAAUUGUCCUAAUCCCUAAGCUAAAUACAGCAAACAGUGUGUGAAAUGUGUAUCAGGUUACCUGCCCCCUGGGACUGUAUUCGGGCUUGUCUAUUUCUCCAGUCCGUUGCACUUCCCCCCCCCCCCCAUUGCUAUGUGAUCUUAACCCUAUAUUCACCUGUAGAUGCACUUGCACAUCAUUGCCUGAGAGGUAUUAGUGUGGUAUGUACUGCUUAUGUCAUUUCUAAUGUUCACCGUACAGUAUUUUCUGCCACCAGCCAGGGGUAAAUUAUAAGGGUAUUUCUAUCUAGGGUAUUUAUUGAGUUGGGACCCUCGCCUAUGAAAAUGAGGUUCCAAAUCGUCCUUCGCUAUGAGGUCAGCGCCCGGGUGCAUCUGCAACCUCCGUAUCCCUUUAUAGUUGCCCUUCUUUUUUUUUUUUUUUUGCCCAAAAAUUCAUUUAAACGAAUUUAGUUAUUGCUUUUGAAAAUUUUAACUUUUUAUAUUUUUAUUUAAUAAAAAAUUUAUUUAUUUUA